UUUCUAUUAUGAAUUUUUGUGAAUUCAUCAAACUCACUGUCGAGAGCGAAGAUAAAUUAGAAGAAAUCAGGAUUAAAUUAGCAAAAUUAGAAAUGUUUGAAUUAAAUACUGGUAUCUAUAUUAAUUGUGAUUCUGAGUUUAUAAAAGACUUGAUUAACCAAGAAAAAAUGCAAUGACAGAAGAAUAAAUUAUUGAAUUUCUAGAAGACAAUAAUGUUAAAUUUACACAAGAAGAAUUAGGUUACUUCUUUAGAGUUUUAGAUACCGAUGCAGAUAACAUUAUUACAUUACAAGAGUAACUUUUUAUAAAAUUAUUCAAAGCUUCCAAUAAGUAAUUUUACCAAAAACUAAUGAUUAAGUAAAAGAUUAAGCCCUUAAUCAUAAAUCCUAUGAAAUGCCACAAAGUAUGCUUCUUCCAAAAGAAGUUGAAGCUACAUUAACUGAUUUCUUUAAAUAAUUACAAUAAAACUAUAAGUAGUUUUUAAAUCAUUAUAAUUAGCCUAUAUUAAUAAAUUUAGGUUCCUAAUGAUUAUGGAGAAUUACAAAUCUUUGAAAAUGAAAAUUUAAUCACCUUAGAAUCCCUAAAAGUUUGGUUACAAUCUGUGGAAUAAGAAAUUGAUGAUUAAAUUUUAGAAAAGUUUCUUAUCAUUAUUGAUGGUAAUCCAAAUAAUCUAUAAAUUUUAAUUGAUUAAAUAUACCAAUAAAUUCCAUAGGAAGAAGAUUAAUAAAAUGAAGAUAUUAAAGAAUCCUAAGAAUAAUAAAUAGAAUAACCUGAAUAAAAUUAAAUUGAAGUUCAAGAUAUUAAUUAUUCUUAAGAAAAUUUACAAAAAAGUGAUGCACUUUAAGAAUCAUUUAAUCCAACUUAAAAUUAAAAAAUAUAACAAAAUCAAGAAAAUAAAGAUCAAAAACCAGAAUAAUAACAAGAUCAGAAAUCUAAUUAACUAAUAGAUAGUAAGCCUUUAUCGUCUGAAUCUCCUUUAUUAAAUUAUUAUCAUUAGUAAAUUAGAGAAGAAGAAACUAAAAUUAAAAAAUUAUGUGAAAAAUUAAAUAUUCAAAAUAUCUAUCUAUAAAAAAGAGAUGAAUCAUAAUUGAUUAAAUAUUAUGAAAAAGAAAUUGCUAGAGAAUAAGAAAACUUUAAUAAUUUAUCAUCUGAAUUUAAAUUUCAAGGAACACAAUCUAAAUUUUAAAAAUCAACUUUUACCCCUGAUCCAUUAUUUUUAGAUCCAUAUUAACAAGAGAUGAUUCGUAUUGAUAAUGAAAUUAGAAAAGAAACUAGUAAUAUCAGUUUACUAUAAUCCAAGAUAGAUAUUACUUUAUCAAAUAGUUAUUUGAAGUAAAAUUUUGUAUUUACAUAAAAGGUUUGAAAGUCCAACUAAAAUUUAAGAAUCCUACCUUAAUAACAAUUUUUCAGGAUAAAAGGUAUAUAUUAAAAAUUUAUAAUUUAGAAACAAUUCUUUAUUAAGUGA